AUGGACCUGUUUAAAGACAUGAAAGGUCCAACAAGACCAGCUCCAUCUAUUCCUUCCAUAGGUGUCAACAAGUACUCUCCAGUCACCAAUUGGGAUAGUGAUCCUUUUGGUGCUGAUGUUUUUGAACCUUCCCCACAUUAUACACAAAAGAAGAAACCACCUCCACGUCCUCCACCACCUAAGGUUGGCAUGAAACAUUUGGAUGUGCCAGCUAAGCCUACUCACUUUGUUAGAAAACCAACUGUGCUCUCCUCACUCUUGUCUAGAAAAACAAAAACUCCAGUGAACAACCAAUAUGUGAAUAAUUUACAACUAAAUUUAACAUCAGAUUUUAAUAGUGAUAUGGAUAGUCAAAAAAUGUUUCCUAAAUGUGAACCAAAGAAUGUGCAGACUGGUGCCCUGAUAGAUCUCUCCUCACCCCCCAGUUCGCCUACCUUCACAACACGGUCUAGCAGUGAUGGACUUAGUGUGGACAGUUUUGGUUCAGAUGCUACUACCUCAACUAAUCAUCAUAAUACUCACAAUGGAGGCAAUGCUUCUCAAGCAGAAAGUGGUUUUGAAGAUGACUUUGACCUGUUCUUAAAUUCAAAGAGGUCUGUAAAUAGAGAAGACACUCUUGAGGAUUUUACUGCUAUAGAUCCAUUUUCACCUCAACCAUUAGUUAAUAAACCUGCUCUACUGAAGAAGCCGACUUUGACCAGGGAUUUGUACGAAGUGUCAAGAAACUCAUCAAGCCAGCCUGCUGUACCUUUACUCAAAGGGCCUACAAUAAUAAGAGCUAAACCAUCGCGACCUAAGCCUCCAGAUAAUUCAGCAAUACUCAAGAAUACACUUAAGGGCAAUUUUCCAGUGACAAUGAUGACAGUGAACACUACAACACCUAUACAAAAAGUGGCUAAUGGAUUUGGUGAUAGCUUUGAAUCAAAACCGUUCAGUUGGGAUGAUCCCGAGAGUUCUCCAGAUAGAGAACUGUCUCCGGACAGAGAACCGUCUCCGCCGAUGCCGACCAUUCCUCCACCUCCGCCACCUGCAGAUAUCGAUGAGGAAGUUAUAAGCGUCUGGCCAACGGACGCUCCUGACUUGGCUACAAACUUCGAUCAUGGUGAUGAAGAGCCAUACGCGAUAGCCCUGUUUGACUACUCCACAGACCAUCCGGACGAUUUAUGCUUUUCGGUAAACUCGAAGAUUAAGUUGAUAAGGCGAGUAGACCACGAAUGGCUGUUUGGGAGUUUGAGGGAUGGCGCUCAGGGCUUGUUCCCUUCCAACUAUGUGGAGAUUAAAGUUCCACUACCGAACGAGCCAAUGCCAUCACAACCACUAAUCGGCACUGCAGUCGCUAUGUACGAUUUUGAGCCGCAACAGCCCGGUGACCUAGGCUUUAGAACAGGGGACACCAUACAAGUAAGAUACAAAAUCAACGAAGAGUGGUAUUUUGGCGAUUGUAACAACGCUAAAGGACAAUUCCCUAUUAACUAUGUGCAAAUGAGUUAA